UCCUCCUCUUUUGCAGGUGAGAUUAGUUUGGGGAUGUGAAUACAAUGAGUGUAAACCAGCAAGCUCACGCAGGGCCUCCUUACGGGCAACCUCAACCUGGAUAUCAGGGAUACCAGCAGCCUGGCUAUGGAGGACAACCAUUGCCAGGGGUUCCUCACUCGCAAUAUGGAGCUUAUAACGGUCCGAUGCCAGGAUACCAACAGCCAGUCCCUCCACAAGGUUACUUUCCUUCCUUGGGGUUCCCUUCGAAGGGCUCUCCUGUUUCUCUCAACUCUGACACUUCUUCUCUUGCACCUAAUUUCGUAGGUUUGUUAAGAGCUCCUCCAGCCUCUGGAGCUCUCCCUCCAGCCUCUGGAGCAUCUCUUUCUUCUGGACACCCAGUAUACAGUCAGUUUGGACAAGGAGAUGUGCAGAAUGGGAUUCCAGCCUCAGCAGCCCAGAUGCACAGGCCGCCUGCUUCUCAGCCAUUUCUGCCCAGCUCAGCACCCACGCCUGUCAGCCAGCCAUCUACGUUCCAGCAAUAUGGUCCCCCCCCAGCCAGUGCACAACAGCUCAGCAAUCACAUGGCAGGGAUGACAAUUGGCAGUACUUCAACUUCUGCUCCUCCCCCAGCUGGACUGGGCUAUGGUCCCCCAACAUCGGUUCCCCCAGUCUCAGGAAGCUUUACUGCAACAGGAUCUGGUCUCUACACACCUUACACUUCGAGCCAAGGACCCCCUCCUACCAGUGUGUCUCAGGGUCUUCCUUUGGCACAGCCUCCUUUUUCUGGUCAGCCAAUGUCAACUCAGCGCCUUCCUACUCAAGUCCCUGGUUUUGCCCCACCUCCCUCUUCUACAGGGAUUGGACCUUCCUUGUACCCUCCUACCACAGGCGCCCCAAGGCCUUCUCCCAUGCAAGGCCCACCACUGCCUGGGCAGACAGUUGCUGGACCACCAGCAUCCCAGCCUAAUCAUGUAUCCUCGCCACCACCUCCCUCAACUAUGUCAGGGCCUCACCCAGGGCCUCCUCCCAUGAGUGGCCUCCAUGGACCACCUCCUCCCACACAUCCUCCUCAGCCAGGAUACCAAAUGCAGCAGAAUGGUUCCUUUGGACAGGCAAGGGGUCCACAACCAAGCUAUGGAGGAGCCUAUCCAGGAAGUCCAAAUUAUGGAAGCCAGCCUGGACCACCACCUCCACCAAAACGCUUGGAUCCAGAUUCCAUUCCUAGCCCUCAACUUAAUGAGCUGCCACCUCAGCAGAAACCCAGGCACAGAAUAGAUCCAGAUGCAAUUCCUAGUCCAAUUCAAGUGAUUGAAGAUGACAGAAGUAACCGUGGAUCAGAACCAUUUGUCACUGGAGUGAGAGGGCAGGUCCCACCUCUUGUUACUACAAAUUUCUUGGUCAAGGAUCAAGGUAACGCAAGCCCCCGCUACAUAAGAUGCACAUCUUACAAUAUUCCCUGCACCUCAGAUAUGGCCAAACAAUCCCAAGUUCCCCUAGCUGCUGUCAUAAAACCAUUGGCUACUCUACCCCCAGAGGAGGCCCUUCCUUAUUUGGUAGACCAUGGGGAAUCUGGUCCUGUCCGGUGUAAUAGGUGCAAGGCCUACAUGUGCCCUUUUAUGCAGUUCAUUGAGGGUGGAAGGAGGUUCCAGUGUUGUUUCUGCAGCUGCGUCACUGAGGUACCUCCUCACUAUUUCCAGCAUUUGGAUCAUACUGGUAAGCGAGUAGACUUCUAUGAUCGCCCUGAAUUAUCACUGGGGUCUUAUGAGUUUCUGGCAACAGUAGACUACUGCAAGAAUAACAAAUUUCCCAGUCCACCUGCUUUCAUUUUCAUGAUUGAUGUGUCCUAUAAUGCUGUGAAGAGUGGCUUAGUGAGGCUAAUAUGUGAAGAAUUAAAGUCACUUCUAGAUUAUCUGCCCAGGGAAGGCAACAUGGAAGAAUCAGCCAUUCGAGUAGGAUUUGUCACUUACAACAAAGUGUUACACUUCUAUAACGUGAAGAGCUCACUGGCCCAGCCGCAAAUGAUGGUUGUCUCAGAUGUGGCAGAUAUGUUUGUGCCACUCCUUGAUGGUUUUCUUGUGAAUGUGAACGAGUCCAGGACAGUUAUUGCCAGUUUGCUGGACCAGAUCCCAGAAAUGUUUGCAGACACAAGAGAAACAGAAACCGUUUUUGCACCUGUGAUCCAAGCAGGGUUGGAGGCACUGAAGGCAGCUGAGUGUGCUGGCAAGCUCUUCAUUUUCCACACCUCUCUGCCCAUUGCGGAGGCCCCAGGGAAGCUGAAGAACAGGGAUGACAAGAAACUAAUCAACACAGACAAGGAGAAGACUUUGUUUCAACCCCAGACAAGCUUCUACAACAACUUGGCCAAGGACUGCGUGGCCCAGGGCUGCUGUGUGGAUCUGUUCCUAUUUCCAAACCAGUACUUGGAUGUGGCGACGCUAGGGGUAGUAACUUACCAGACAGGAGGCUCCAUUUAUAAGUAUGCUUAUUUCCAGCUGGAGACAGACCAGGAUAGGUUCCUGAAUGACUUGAGAAGAGAUGUCCAGAAAGAAGUGGGGUUUGAUGCUGUGAUGAGAGUGCGUACCAGCACAGGUAUUCGAGCCACUGACUUUUUUGGAGCUUUCUAUAUGAGCAACACAACUGAUGUGGAGAUGGCAGGUUUGGACUGCGAUAAAACCAUCACAGUGGAAUUCAAGCACGAUGACAAACUGAGUGAAGACAGCGGUGCACUCCUUCAGUGUGCUCUAUUAUAUACAAGUUGCGCAGGACAGCGACGACUCCGCAUUCACAACCUCUCCUUAAACUGUUGCACGCAACUGGCUGACCUCUAUCGAAACUGUGAGACAGACACCCUCAUCAAUUACUUGGCUAAAUAUGCAUAUCGUGGAGUUCUGAACAGUCCAGUAAAGACUGUACGAGAUGCGCUGAUUAACCAGUGUGCCCAGAUCCUGGCCUGCUAUCGGAAGAACUGUGCUAGUCCCUCCUCUGCUGGCCAGCUGAUCCUCCCUGAAUGCAUGAAGCUGCUUCCUGUGUACUUGAACUGUGUGUUGAAGAGUGAUGUCCUUCAGCCUGGUCCGGAGGUCACAACAGAUGACCGCGCCUACAUUCGUCAGUUAGUUACAUCCAUGGAUGUGGCAGAAACAAACGUUUUCUUUUAUCCCAGGCUUUUGCCCCUGACCAAAGCAGAUGUUGACAGUGACUCCUUGCCAGCAGCAAUCCGGAACUCAGAGGAACGCCUCUCCAAGGGUGACAUAUAUCUGCUGGAAAAUGGGCUGAACAUCUUUGUGUGGGUGGGAGUGAAUGUGCAGCAAGGCCUGAUCCAGAACCUCUUUGGAGUGUCAUCCUUCAGCCAGAUCAGCAAUGCUUUGAGUACUCUGCCUGUCUUGGAAAACCCUUUUUCAAAGAAAGUACGAUCUAUUGUUGACAUGCUUCAAGUGCAGAGAUCCCGCUACAUGAAGUUAAUAAUUGUGAAGCAAGAAGAUAAACUGGAGAUGCUGUUCAAACACUUUCUUGUGGAGGACAAGAGCCUCUGUGGGGGGGCUUCAUAUGUGGACUUCCUGUGUCACAUGCACAAGGAGAUUCGGCAGCUACUGAGCUAGAGGAGAGUGGUGCUGACACUCAACAGUGACAUUUCGGUCUCCGCUAACCACCUGAUCAGAAGGCCCAGCGCCCUCUGAAAGGACAACAUAGAAAUCUGUACAAUUCCAUAAUUUUUAAUACACGUUGCAUAAGCAGAAAUCCUUUCAACCUCUCCCAGCCCCAUUUGAGAGAUGAAAAUUUUUCCUGGUGAGGGCUGGAAAAAGGCCUUUGAUACCAGGUCUUUUACUUGUAUCCAAAUUGUUUCCUGUGCUUGGCAGGAGUUCACCUCCCCUCCCAUGCUCGCUAAUCCUGUCAUAAUGAAUGUAGGGUUUUCUUUUUUUUUUUUUUUUUUCCCUCCGGUUCACUGUACAUGAUUCAACAUUGGGUGAAAAAGCGAUAACUCUUCAAAACUUCUGGUAGUUGCUGUGUGUUUGUAUGGGCGCGUGUGCAUGCUCCAAGUGUGAAGAGGACACAGAUGGGGAGGACAAUAAGCA